CCGCAUCACGGCGGCCAUUUUGUGCGGCUGCGGUCGGUGCGCGGGGCUCGGCGCGCCGCGGGCCCGGGCGGGUGGCUCCGUUCUAACCCUUUUUCCCGUACAGAUCCCUCGGUAGAUUUCUUGUAGGAGUCAGAAGUCCCAAGUCCAGUUACUGCUGCAGUUACGAAGCACUGGCUGGAAUGUUUGCAACAACAUAAACAAGUUUCUUGGUGUGUGGUUUCAGCACAGCAUGGCUGUGGUCAUCCACUUGCAAGUUGUUCCGAUUGCGGUGGGGACCAUGGACUUCUCUGGACUGACCAUUCCCAAUGGGGGUGUGCAUAUUGUAGGGGAUGAACUGGGGGAAUAAAAUCAGCAGUGUUGAUAUUACAAAAUGACAAAACAUCCUCCGAAUAGAAGAGGGAUCAACUUUGAGGUGGGAGCCCAGUUGGAAGCCCGUGACAGAUUAAAAAACUGGUAUCCAGCACACAUUGAAGAAAUUGAUUAUGAAGAGGGGAAAGUACUUAUCCAUUUCAAGCGCUGGAACCAUAGAUAUGAUGAAUGGUUUUGUUGGGACAGUCCUUAUUUACGUCCCCUAGAGAAAAUACAGUUAAGAAAAGAAGGAUUGCAUGAGGAAGAAGGUUGUGCAGGAUUUCAUAUCAAUGAUCGGGUUUUGGCAUGCUGGUCUGACUGUCGCUUCUAUCCAGCCAAAGUUACUUCUGUUAACAAAGAUGGUACAUACACUGUGAAAUUUUAUGAUGGCGUAGUUCAGACAGUCAAAAACAUUCAUGUCAAAGCUUUUUCCAAAGAUCAGAAUAUUGUGGGUGAUGCUAAGCCUAAGGAAAGAGGUAAUGAAAUUCCAUCAUCUCCUGAAAACCAGGAGAAAUUUAAAGAGCAGAGGAAAGCAACAGGUAAUGCAAAGAAAGACGAAGAUGAAAAGACAUUAAAGACUGAGAAACGAGUUAAACAGCCUGAUAAAGAGGGAAAAUUUAUAGUCAUCUCGGAAAAAGGCAAGAUCUCAGAAAAGAAUAUACCUAAGAAUGGAAAAGAAGAUAAAGAGAAUAUAUCAGAGAAUGAUAUGGAAUAUUCAGUAGAUACACAAGUUGAGAAGAAGCCUGAGAAUGACAAGGUAAAGAGUCCACAGGAAAAUGUGAAAGAAACUAAGCGAAAGCGUGGCAGACCACCAAUAACACCUCCCACAGAGCCAAGUUCUCAGACGCUGCAGCCCAUAACUUUGGAGUUAAGACGUCGGAAAAUACCUAAAGGAGGUGAUGUUCCACUGAAGCGUCCCAGGAUUGAAAAAACGUUGUCUCAGGAAAAAUUUAAGAACUCUUCAGAUAAUGCUGAGAGAGACCAGAUCAGGAGGCGAUCGUCAAGACUCUCAUCCAGUAUUAGCCAUGAGAUUUUAAAUACAGAUCUUGUCACAACUUCCACGGAAAUUCAGACUUGGAAAGAUGCAGUAACUAACCAAAAUGAAUCUGAGAAGGUCCAGUUAGAAAUUCCUGUUGAAUCUGACCAAAGUCUUGGUGAACAAGGAUCACCUGGAAACACAUUGCAUAGCACAGCACUCAGUACAGACGCCAGUUUGCAGGAAGAAAAAGCUGAAGACACUGAGUCUUCCUCUGUUCCUGUCAGAACUCAAGAAACUUCUGCUGCUACAGGUUCAGUAACAAAACCUUGUAGGAGAACAGAUUUUCUUGCAUCAAAAAAAGCUGGAACUGUUGACCAAGAUCACAAGUUUAGAUGCAAGUUCUUGGACUGUUCAAAAUCCUUCCGCAAAGCCAAGUUAUUGCAUUAUCACAUGAAAUACUUUCAUGGAGUGGAGAAGGCUGCAGAAUCACAGCAGAACCCUGUAAAAAGAAAUAUUCAAACCAGAGCUUCUUUGGCUUCUGAAAAAGCUAAUCAAGAAAGGUCAAAAAGAGGACGGACCACAGCUGGUUCACUGUAUGCUCCUCUACACAUAACCCUCAGGAGUACCCCAUAUAGAGAUGAAAAAGUAGAAAAGAGAAGAACUUCAACUCCUGUAAGUGCACUAAAUAGUCACCGACAUUCUAUUAAAGACCAAACCAAGAACCACAUAGCAAGAGCACUGCGAAGGCCUCGGGAAAGAGAAAGAGUUCAACAUGCUGUUAAAGGACAUGAGAAGAGCAAAGAAAAAAAAUCCAAAGACUUCGAAAGAUCCAAGUCAAAGAAAAAGAAAAAAAAGAAAAAGAGAUCUAAGCCUGGGUAUUCGGGCACUGAGGAGAACACAGAUAUGUCACAUGAGCUUUCACCUGAAAAAUCAGUUGUCACAAAAUCUAAUUCUUCUAGUAAAUCAUUUGCUUACCCAAGUACCCUGCUUCACUGCACUGAUUCCGGACAGCACAAGGGAAAAUCAAAAGCAAAUGGGUUUUAUGUAAAUACUUCUUGUACAGAGGAUGACACCGUGAGUGAGUCAUCUAUGGAUAGCUUGUCUUGGAGUGACGAUGACUGCAGUCAGGAUGUUGACGUAACCACCAACCCGGAUGAGGAAGUUGAAGAAAGUGAUUUUGAGAUUGUUCGGUGUGUUUGCGAAGUAAAAGAAGAAAAUGACUUCAUGAUUCAGUGUGAAGAGUGUCUGUGCUGGCAGCAUGGAGUCUGUAUGGGCUUACUGGAAGAUAAUAUACCUGAGAAAUACACCUGCUAUAUUUGCCAAGAUCCUCCAGGUCAGAGGUCCAGCUUAAAGUACUGGUAUGAAAAGGAGUGGUUAAGUAAUGGUCACAUGCAUGGCUUAGCAUUUUUGGAAGAAAAUUACUCCCACCAGAAUGCCAAGAAGAUAGUGGCCACUCACCAGCUGCUUGGUGAUGUACAGCGAGUGAUCGAAGUCCUGCACGGGCUGCAGCUGAAGAUGAGCAUAUUACAAAAUAAAGAACACCCUGACUUAAAGCUUUGGUGUCAUCCAUGGAAGCACAUCACGGUGGAUGAAAAAAUCCAUACAAAACACAUCAUUCACUUCGAGGAAAACUGCUGCAAAGAGGAGACAGCAAGUUACAGAACUUGGAAUGGGACAGUUGAGAAACCCUCAACAAUUCCUUCUGUGGAGGAAUCUUACAUUACGAGUGAACACUGUUACCAGAAGCCUCGGGCCUACUAUCCUGCCAUAGAGCAGAGGCUGGUUGUGGAAACAAGAGGUUCAGCCAUGGAUGAUGGUGUAAACAGAAUAAGAGAAAAUGGGGAUGAUGCCUUCUCAGAGAGGUUUGGCUGGAAUCUGGACCAAGAAAUAUGCAAGAUGGAAAAUGAAUCUAAACACAAUUACCCUAAGGUGAGAGAGUCUGUCUCUAAGAAGGUCUCUCCAGAGGAAGCUAUUGAAAUGAAAUUGCUGGAAAAAGAUAAAGAAGGAGUAGUGAACUCACAGCUGCAGUGGCAGCUCAAUCUUUUAGCUCACGUGGAAUCUCUGCAAGAUGAAGUCAUACACAGAAUGGAUUUCAUUGAGAAGGAGCUAGAUGUUCUGGAGAGUUGGUUGGAUUACACAGGAGAGCUGCAACCCCCAGAACCACUGGCUCGACUCCCCCAGCUCAAGCAUUGCAUAAAGCAGCUGAUAACGGACUUGGGCAAAGUGCAGCAGAUCGCGCUGUGCUGCUCCACGUGAGGCUGGAGAGCUCUGGACUGUGUGUGCAAAACUGGAGGGUCUGAUGGGAGCACAUCUGAAUCUGUAAAUUAAACUAGCAUGCUGGUUGCAUGGGAUGCAGAUUGACUUCAGGGACUUGUGAAGAAGCGUUGUUCAAAGAAGAGCAAAAAGGUUAUUUCAGGUCUAUUAGACAAUUAUAAUGCUGUGGAAAGGGUCAUACUCUUGUCUCCAGAGGUUGCCUGUUGCUUGUUAAGUUACACUAAAAUUUUCACUCCCUACAAGUUGCUCAUCAAAACGGUAGACUUCUUCAUCAUUAAAUUGACUAAAAAUUGUGCCACUGAAAAACAGAGUUCUAAGAGCCAAAAAAGUUUGGUUGACAGGGGUUGUAAAUAACUUUGCGUAGUUUAAGUGACUCAUGUCAUGUUUUAUUUCUUCUGGUUUAUGCAUACUAGCACUCAGUAUUUAAUCAUUAGGAGAUGUUGUAACAGUUUCAGACUUAGUAAGUAUGAAUGUCCAGCUCUUGACUGUAAGUGUUAUGUGGAGGUUUUCAAGUAACAGUGGCCUGACCCACAUUUCUGUUACAGUAAAUAAUGUAGCAGGAAGUCACAGGUGGAUUGCACUUAUUUUCAGAAUAAAUGAUUGUUUUCCAUAUUUAUCCUCUCACUGUCACAUGACUUGGUACUGGGGAAGCCCAUGAAGGUGGUGUUUAUGUGUGUGUAUUCUUGAGCUCUCAACUCCAGCCAUCCUGUGCCUCCUGCAGCAGUUGCUGGGGGCAUCCCUCGUUGCAGGAGUAUGGAAUGCCGCCGGGAAAGGACUGGAGCCACGCUCUGAGCUCAGACUGCAACAUGGUCUGUCAUGGAUGUGAUAUAUUUUCUACCCAUUUGUUAAUAAUUGCCAUUCCGGUUAUAUUUGGAAAUCUAGAUUUUUUUCAAUACUCUGGAUGUGUUCAUUGUAAAGACUUGCUAUGAAUGUGUGGUUUUGGGAAUCAGUUUUUGUGUAAAUAAAGCCUCAAGAUCUAUGCAUGAGGUGCUGUCCUUGCAGACAGUGAGUGGGUUAUUAUCUUAAAUGUUCUGUGUUCACUAAGUCCCUUUUUAUACCUUAAGUUUUAAUUUUCAGUUUGUGUUUACUUUGUGAUGCAGGUGACAAGGCUGCUGAUGUUCAGUCAGGUUAUACAGAACCUUUGGAAUGUUGUGAGCAUUUGAGAGGUUCAGAGUCUUUCAGCUGCAUUUCACCACUCCUGAAAUAAUGGCUGUAACUUCAGUUUUCCUUCAUAGACAUUGCUGAGUUCAGUUCCCUAUGGAACACAGUGAGCUGGUUUUGCAGUGAGAGCGUGUCCUUAAAAAGCUGGAUUUAUUACCCUUAUUUUAUUGUGUGCAGUGGUACUACCAAAGGGUAACAUUCAAACAGAGUUGUAAUGGAAAGGUCCAUACCUGUACAAAUUACUAAUUUGGAAUAUAUAUCUGUAAUGUUUUUAAUCUGCAAAGAAUAAUGAAAACUUGAAAUAUCCAGUAUUACUGUGGGAGUUGCAGUCUCUACGUGGUGAGUAUUUUAUUUCCUUCAGAAAACAAAAUAAUUAGGCUGCUCUAGGUAGUAAAACUAAGACUUUUAUGCCAAGAUUCACUUCAGGCAAUAAUUUGUCUCACAGUUUUAUAGUACUGUGUUGGUAUAUAGUGAAUACAACGUACAUACAGAAGAGAAACAAACUUUCUUUUCUGUAACACAAUUGGAAUAAAGCUUACAUUGUAUUUUAAGGAUCACUUGGCUCUCUGAAUAUAAGACCAAUGCUGUACCGUGGCUCAUUCCUGUCAGGUACCUGAGCUCAUGUAGCUCAGAACAGCAUCAGAGGAGCCUCCCAGGCAGCUGGUGAUUUUCAGGUGAAAUAGACCAGAAAAGGUGUUCCUUGGUUACAGUCUGUAAAGCAGGACAUGCUUAGUGGGAACAGCUUGGUUGUGCUCCCAGUCUGAGAGCAUUCAAGCACUCAGUCCCUGAGCUGGCUUCUUGCUGCAAAGGGGGAUUUCUUCUCAAGCAAUGGCUUCUGUGUGCUCAUUGUAUAUUUUCACUUGUCAGUUUAUUUUUCCUCAGGGCAGUAUUGGAGGUUUGGAAGAAAAGGCAUUUCCCAUGGGUAGAUAAAGUUGCAGACCCUGGAGACUUGCAUCCCUUCAGUAGUGCUGGGGAAGCCCUUGCAGAUAAAGACUGAAAAUAUUUAUUUAAAAUAGAGUAGUACUUCUCGUAUUCAGGGAAGAUUCUUCAUUGUGCUCUGCCUGGAUUCAUUUCUGUCCCUUUUUUUGCAAGUUUCCUUAUUGUUAUUUUUAGUCUGGACCAACUGUUCAGACUGACAGGUCACUUUUUUGUUUCUUUAAAUCACUGGUAAGUGAAUGCAACGUGGAGCUGUGAUGAACUGAGCAAACAUUGCACUGUGGGUACACACGUGUUUGUUGAUGCACUAUUAGAACCAAGGGGCUGUACAUAGAAUUUUGUUUUGGAGCAAUAUUUGCAAAACUUGAAAACUUCUGUAUCUUGGUGUUUGGAAUAAAUAAAAAAUAGGUUUUUGUUGUUUAAGUUCUUAGUAAAGUCUUUGUUUCAAUUAGUUAUAACUCAAUAAAAUAAUUUUGGAAUUUUUUCCUUCA